AUGGCCGAGGAAUUAGAGCUAGCAGUCAACCUCAAGAUCCUCUCGCCGUCGACCGAGGUGGAGGGCGGCAUUCACCUUGCAGAUCUCCCCGCUACCACGACGAUUCGAGAGCUUCGACAAACAAUACAAGAUGCCGCACCGAGCCGACCGGCAACUGAUCGCAUGCGCCUUAUAUAUCGGGGACGAGUAGUAGCCAACGACAACGACACACUGGCCAAUAUUUUUGGUGCCGACAACAUACGCGAAUCCAAAGACCAAAGCCUCCACCUGGUCCUCCGCGAGCUACCUUCCACAGCUUCUGCACCCUCACCAGCUCCACAUUCAGCGAGCGCCCCGCCGAACCCACUGCAACCACCACCUCAGAGCCCUCUGCAAGCGAACCCCUUUCGCAAUCUGCCAGAACCUCGACCGAACUCGCAACCACAGGUACCGCAGCCGCACCACCACCAUCACCCACACCAUCAUCACCACCACCCACCGCCCCUCAUUCCCCUGGGGACUCGACCGGUUCCGCUUCCUCCACAUCUACAAUCUGCGCAAAGCAUUAGGAACCCGCAGCCGAUACCAUUCGCGCAAACGCCGUUCCCUCCACACCUCCAGCAGCAAUUUGCCCAAGUAGUAAGGGAUCAUGAAGUCCAACUCCCUAAUCCCCAGACACCCGCACAAACAGAGACACCGACUUCGGAAGGAGAAGCCCAGGGACAGCAGGUCCCACCACGGCCACCCAUGGGCUUGCCAAACCUUCCCACUGGCAACCAUACACGUACAGUUCGUCAAGAGGGCAUUGGCCCGAACGGGGAGCGCUGGACGGUGACAUGGAACAACAUCACCAACGUUGCUUUCAACCCUAACCAGCAACAGGCCAUACUCUCGCGACCUGUUCCUCACCCAGGCCCCGGUUUCGGCUUCCCUGGGCAACGAACCCCUUCACCUUCGCUUGGAAAUGUGUCGGAUCAGAUGUUGCAACGCAUAAGGAGGACUAUGGAGUACGCAAGGCAGGAGAUGGAAAAUGUGAGGGUCCUACUUCAACCACCUGGCGGUCAAGCUGCCUCGGUUAGUGCACUUGCUGCGGCAAAUCCACCAGUCUGGCGCGUGGACCAAAUCAGGCUCACAGUGCGGAACCUCAUCACGGGCUUAGACAAUGUGGACCGAGGCCUUGCGUCUCUGGUGGCGGACCCCUUGAUGGCACAGAAUCGUGACUUUGUCUCAUUACAGCAAUCGGCGUCGGAUUUGCGCCGGCAAGCCGAAGAAUUCAAUAGGUUGCUCGACCAACUGCCCCGAUCGGAUGCCCCUGGGCCAGCAACUUCUUCAGCCGCACCUUUAGCCGCUAACACCAACGCACCAGCUGCUUCGACCCAGGCCCAAGAUAUCACUCAGUCAACACCUUCCAACGUACCCACAGAGCUUUUUAUCCUCUCGAGCCCACAAGGUCCCGUGGGCAUCUUGUUCGACCAACGCGGUACCUACAGUACAACUCCCCCGGCUAUGUCUUUCCAGUCAUUUUCCCAGCAAUUCAAUGUCAACAGGUACCAACUUGGUAAUCUCGGGCGCCAAAUUGCCGUUCAAAACCAUACGCCUAGACUUCCUGCUUAUGUCCUCCCUGCAACUGGCGCACAAACUGCUCAAGCUCAACAACCAGCUCACAAUGCGAUUCCAGCCCAAGGCCAAGUUCACGGCCAGAACGCGAAUCCUGUUCAACCUGCCGCGGCACCCGCACCUGGAGUCCAAGUCAAUCGCGUCGACAAUAUCGCAGGUCACCUGUGGCUAAUCUUUAAGCUGGCCGUGUUCGUCUACUUCUUCGCUGGCGGCGGCGGCUGGUACAGACCGGUUAUGAUCUGCCUCAUUGCAGGUGUUGUCUACCUUGCACAAGUUGGCAUCUUCGAGGAGCACUUCGCCGCUGUGCGCGGGUAUCUCGAAACGCUUCUUCCACCUGGAGCUCUUGGAUUCCCUGAACGGGUAGCCGCUCAACAAGGCCAGAAUCGUCCAAUUGCCAAUGUGCAAGGCCAGGAGAACCGGCGAGCACAGCCUCAUCGCAACUCAACCCCGGAGCAGGCCGCACGGAGACUGCAGCAGCAACACCAUGAUCAACGAUUUGGAUGGGUGCACGAAACAGCAAGGGCUACGGAACGCGCCUUCGCCAUUUUUGUCGCCAGCCUGUGGCCAGGCAUUGGCGAGCGAAUGGUACAGGCGCAGGAAGAGAGAUUACGUGCCGAGAGAGAGGCGGAAGAGGUACGGCUUGCGGAGGAGGCUGCGAGACAUGAAGAGGAGGAGAAAAAGAAGAAGCAAGAAGCUGAAGAGAAGGCGCAAGGGGAGGCAAGUGGCAGUGUGAAGAGGGGGUAUGCUGAGGGUGCUGACCCUACGGAGGAGACAGACAAUAAAGGCAAGGGCAAAAAGGCUCGUGUUGAGGAAAGGGAUGGAGACGUGGACUAA